UGUCUCUUUAGAAAUCAUACAAACAAUUUCUUAAAUAAGUGCCUAACCAGUCAACAUCGUCAAUUUCCAACCUCUUACGAUGUUCAUCAUUUCUUCAUAUACCUCCCCAGAAAAAUUAAUGUCACAAUAAACCAACAUAUCUAACAUUUCCUUCUAUUUGUAAGCGACAAAAGAGAUAGAUCCUCAUAAACAACAUAAGAAAAAAAAAAAAAACAAAGGUUGUUGUUGAGAGUUGUUCAUCAAUUCACUAUGGCACUAUUUCUUCCCUAUGCAGCUGCAACAAUCGUAGCACUCUUCUUCAUCACACUCUUCUUCCAUCGAAGACUCUGUUGCAGACACCCCCUCUUCACAGAUUACCCCAUCCUCGGCAUGCUACCACAGCUACUCAUCAACUUGAACCGUUGCCAUGAUUUCUUCACCGAGGUCUUGAAAAACCACGGCGGAACCGGCGAGUUCACCGGACCGUGGUUCACCAACAUGAACUACUUGGUCACCGGCGACCCUCUCAACGUGCACCACGUCAUGAGCAAGAGUUUCCAUAACUACGUGAAGGGACCCGUGUUUCGUGAGAUUUUUCAAGCCUUCGGAGACGGGAUUUUCACCGCUGAUUCAGAGACGUGGAAGUUCAACAGGGAUCUUUUUCACUCUCUCUUCAGGCAGAAAAGCUUCGAGCUUUUUCUGGAGAAAACCAUUCACAAGAAGGUUCAGAAUAGCCUAGUUCCCGUGUUGGAUCAUGUAGAAGGGAGUGUGGUGGAUCUUCAAGAUGUCUUCAACCGCUUCACUUUCGACAACAUAUGUUCUAUAGUUCUUGGCAAAGACCCGAAUUGUCUUUCCCUUGAUUUCCCCGAAGUUGAGAUCGAGAAGGCUUUUAACCAAGCGGAAGAGUCGAUUUUCCACAGACAUGCAGUGCCGAGGUGUGUUUGGAAGCUGCAGAAAUGGCUUCAGAUUGGUCAAGAGAAGAAGAUGACAGAAGCAUGCAACACACUUGACGAGUUCAUAUAUUCAUGCAUAGCGUCCAAGAGGGAAAAUCUAAGCAGGUACGAGGAAAAUGAAAGUUUUCAUGUUGACUUGUUAACAAGUUUGAUGAGAGAAGGUAAUAAGGAACAACAUGAUGAUAUGUUUCUAAGAGAUGCUGUGUUCAAUCUGUUUGUGGCUGGGAGAGAUACCUUAACUUCAGCUCUCACCUGGUUCUUCUGGCUUGUUGCUACAAACCCUUUGGUGGAAGAGAAGAUUCUUGAAGAGAUUAAUCAAAACUUUGGAAGCAAUGAAGCUACACCAGCAGUUUUAACUGCUGAGGAAGUGAAGAAACUGGUUUAUCUGCAUGGUGCUAUAUGUGAAACGUUGAGGCUUUUUCCUCCCAUACCAUUUGAACGCAAACAAGCGCUUCAAGAUGAUGUGCUUCCAAGUGGUCAUUGUGUGAAUCCCAACACUGUUAUAUUGUUUUGUUUGUAUUCGAUGGGAAGAUUUGAGGAGAUAUGGGGAGAAGAUUGCAUGGAGUUCAAGCCAGAGAGAUGGAUCUCACAGAAAGGGAGUAAUGUUUAUGUACCAUCUUACAAAUUCAUUGCUUUCAAUGCAGGACCUAGAACCUGCUUGGGAAAAGACUCGUCCUUUGUUCAACUGAAGAUGGUGGUAACUGCAAUUUUGCAGAAGUACCGUGUUGAAGUGGUGGAAGGUUUUGUUCCUAAGCCAACACUUUCAAUCGUUCUUCUAAUGAAGGAUGGUUUAAAGGUUAAGUUGAGAAAGAGAGAAACUUAAUCUGAUAAUUUCAGAAAUUGUAAAAGAUAUAUAAUAAACCUAACGAUGGUGCAUACGAUGUCUUUGGAUUGAUGAAAUAAAUGGGUAAUAAUUUGAAUGCAUUUGGCUUGUUGAAUUGAGUUAUGAAAGAGGGGAUUAUUCUGUACCAGUUUAUGCGUGUAUUACACACCUUUAAAAUAAAUUAUUCUUUUUUACUAUUAAA